CUCGCCGUUGGGAGGGCAGGGUAGCGGCUCUCUGCCCGUGCCCUGGCGCAGCGCGGCCGUGGGGAGCGGUGUGCAGCCCUGAGCGCCGAGGUAGCGGCGGGACGGGGCUGCGGACGGAGCGCCCAGGACAUGCAUCACUUUGAGGAAGAAUUAACGUGUUCCAUUUGCUACAGCAUAUUUGAAGAUCCACGCGUUCUGCCCUGUUCCCAUACAUUCUGUAGGAAUUGUCUGGAAGGUGUUAUUCAGCUGUCAAGCAACUUUUCCAUUUGGAGACCCCUGAGAGUUCCUCUGAAGUGUCCUAACUGUAGGAGUAUUGUUGAAAUUCCUGCCGCUGGUACGGAAUCGUUGCCUAUCAACUUUGCGUUGAAAGCUAUUAUUGAAAAAUACCAACAGGAAGAUCACUCUGAUGUUGCAACCUGCAGUGAACACUAUAGGCAACCGCUGAACGUUUACUGUCUUUUGGACAGAAAAUUGGUGUGUGGCCAUUGCCUUACAAUAGGAAAACACAACGGUCAUCCGAUAGAUGACCUUCAAAGUGCCUACAUAAAAGAAAAGAAGACCUCUGGAAAACUUCUCGAGCAGCUAACUGAUAAGCACUGGACUGAUGUAUGCUUGCUUAUUGAAAAGCUGAAAGAACAGAAGUCCCAGUGUGAAAGCAUUGUUCAGGACGAUAAAAAAGUCGUAGUACAGUAUUUUAAGAAACUUAGCGAUACCUUGGAGCACAAAAAACAAGCUCUGCUGACUGCGCUGGAUGAAAUUAACACACACAUUUUGGAAGAAUAUCAGCCUCUCAUUGAGAAGUUGAAAAAAAUAAGGGAAGAACAGCUGGAAUUAAUGUCACUGAAUACAUCUAUUCAAAAAGAGGAGUCCCCACUUAUUUUUCUUGAGAAGGUGGACGAUAUGCAUCAACGUAUAAAAGCUUUGAAACAGAAGCAACUACCGGAUGUUAAACCUGUGGAGAUUUAUCCGAGGAUUGGGCACCUGUUGAAAGAUGUGUGGUCUAAAACUGAAGUCGGUCAGAUCAACAAGAUCCUCACUCCAAAAAUAAAACUGAUUCCGAAAAGGAAGUUACAGAGCAAAGGCAGUGGAAAGGACGGGAGAGAAUCUCAAGAGCUCCUCCAGGCUGUAAAUCCUUUAGCAGUCCUGCUUCUUUUUAUAAUAGCGGUAACUGUGUUUGCAUUUCACAAACCGGUAUCAUCAGUUGUAGUUGAAGCUACUCCCGCUUAUAUCUCAGAAUUCUUGCUGCUUAUUUAUCAAGAUUUCUGCACCCAUUUGCAGAAUAUAGUGGAUGUGCUGUGCCGAACACUUAAUUUACUGAUGGGGUUUUUUGGGGGAAUUGUUUCUCUUUGACUAUUUCAAUAAUUGGAUUAAAAGUUAGUGUAGGAAUCCACAGGUUUUUUCUUUUUAAUUCCUACUUAAAAGCUGGAUUGUUAAAGCUUUACACUUUUCCUUUCUAUUUCCCUAUCCUUCCUUUUUCUGUACUGCAUAGAUUUCCUCUUAGCUAACUCGUAGUUAACUGAGAAGACUUGCAACAGAAAGGCUUCCUCUUCUGCUCACACGAUACGGUAGGUUGGUAGGUGUUUGUUUAAAUUGGAAGCUAGUCAGAAACAGUGUCUGCAUGAGAAAGCUGUAAUCAGCUUACAAAUGAUAAUCUGGAGUCCCGUUUGUAAAAACUCCUCAAACAUCUACUUUUUUUUGGUAACAUAAUUUUAAAUUGUUUCUUUAAUAAAAGCACUACAACAUUAAAGGUUAAAAAACCACCUCAGGCUGCAAACUGGCUAGUCCUGGACGGGUCAGUCUCUAGCUCUGGUGUAUAUAAAACUCCCAUUUUGUGUUUUACUAAUGUCUCUGAAUGUAUUUUAACUGAUACACCUGUGGUCUUUAAAGUGUAUAUUCGUGGCCCUGGGUUUCAUUUUGUUUGUUCCUGGUUUACUAGUGGAUGACAUGAUUUAAUUCUUCCUUUUUUUUUUUUUAACCUGUGUGUAAUAACUUUAUGUCUUUCAACUGGUUCUCUCCACUUUACAGAGCAGUAUCUGUAGGACUUCUGGUGAAACACUGCGUAGAGUUUUUCUGUGCCAGCUGUGCACAAAUCAGCAGGGAGCUCUCACUGCUCACUAACAUGAGCCCUGACUUUUUGCUAAACCAUUUAAUAUGUAGUGAAAAUGGACACAAACUGUAGUAAGUAGCAAAACUCCCAUUGAGGUCAGUGGUAUAAGGAUUUAAAUGUUGUCAAGAGCUCUUAAAGCAACUUGGCAAUGAAUGUAAAUUUAUAUUCAGCUUUUCAGCACAAAUAACAGAGAUCUUUACCUUGACCUAGAGGAAACAUGAUAGCGUUUUAUUCUGCAAUCAAAUGAUCACUAAUGCUGUUCACUACUUCUGAUGAGAUGCUCCGGUCUAAACUGUGCUCAGGAGUUACAUCCCCAGUGAAAGCCAUUUUUGGCCUUCAGUUAUCAACAGUCUGAUUACAGUAAGUACUGGGACAGCCUUGAAGUGUUGCUGUUACAACAGCAGAACACAGAUGAGCUUACAAUUCACUAAAAAACCAAAAAUGAGUAUUCGCCGUGUCUAAUUGUAUUUGACUUGAUAAAAAUAAUAGCGUAUUCUAGCAUAGCAGUAUUCCUUGGCUGUUGUAUAUUUUUAAAUAAUAAAAGUUGUUUAAAUAGCGAUUGAAUUCUGAGGCUAGCCUUUAACUACUUGGUAUUUUAACCCCUUGUGCAAACCAAAACUUGCCUGUCGCUACCAGCAGACACUAGUGGGGUCCUGCAAAAUACCAGUUGCUGCCAGACUUCAUUGAGAGCUGAGAGCAAGGUCAAUCCUCAGAUGUGAUGCCGAUUACGUUCCUUAAGCCUAAAUAAAGAUCCUAAUAACAGUAUUGAUAUCCUAAUAUUGCUGUAUUGAUAAAACGCUGAGUCUAGCCAAACAGCUACUGCGCAGCUCCCUUCUCUGCAGCUCGGUGGGCUUGAUCGUCUGGGUUUGAGGAGGGAGCCAGCAGCGCUUCAGAGGAGUGGGACUCUGCCUGCGUGUUGGGAGUGGUUCCUAGAAUUUGUACACAUGUUUUCUGUAAUCUUUGAGAGUUACAAAGGCAAAUCCCAUGAAUACCACUGGCCAGGUUUUGAAAUGGUGUUUAGGUAUAUCCUGGGACUGGAUAAAUGCUGUCGUAUUAAUUUCCCAAUAAAAUUGGGAAUUUGUUUUUGACUUCAGCCCUGCUAUAAGGCUGUCCCUUGGCAUAUAAGUCUUGCAAAACCUGGUGCUACAUGUCCACUGCCAUGUGAGGCUGCUUUUUUGACUUACCUUUUGUUUUCCUUUUUAAAAACUUACAGAAAGUUUAUAAUGCAAUUUUAUUUUUCAAGACUACAGGAAUUUAUAAAAUGCCUUUACCACCCAUUGAAACCUUUAGUACUUGUACUUAUAAUGCACUGUGUAUUUUAAUAAAUGUGCAUACAAAUAAAAUAUAUUCUUACAGUA